GAUCUCCGUGGGCGACUGCCACGCACUAUUUGUUGGCUUUCUCCUGCUCGCACGUCGCCUGUUGCUCUCUGCUCCUGGCCGCCGGUUUCCCGCCGGGAAGGUAGGCGGACGGAGAGUGCCAGUGCGUGGGCCGCCUCCCGCCUUCCUCUCCUCCCUGCUCAAGGGUGAUCGAAGAGCCCCCCGGGCGUCCCCGACAGCGCGGACGCUGCCAGCUCCCGGCGCGCCCUGGACCGCGCGCCCAGACUCCCGGCGCUGCGCCGCGAUGAACGCGAGCUUCCUGAACCACAGCGGCCUGGAAGAGGCGGGUGGUGACGCCCGAGCCGCCCUGGGGAACCAUAGCCACGGGCUGGGUACGUGGCUAGACUGCUGUCCCGGGGGCGCACCGCUGACCGCCAGCGACGGGGUCCCCGCGGGGCUGGCGCCCGACGAACGCAGCCUGUGGGUGUCGCGCGUGGCGCAGAUCGCCGUACUCUGCGUGCUGUCGCUCACCGUGGUCUUCGGCGUUUUCUUUCUGGGCUGCAACCUGCUCAUCAAGUCCGAGAGCAUGAUCAACUUUCUGAUGCAGGAGCGCAGACCCUCCAAGGACGUGGGCGCCGCCAUCCUAGGACUGUACUGAGCUCCAGUCGCCCUCGCCAGAGUCGCAGCACCGCGAGGAAGGGACAGCAGAGCCUCUUCCUCAAGGCUUUAGCCACCGCCUGAGGUCAGCGACGUGGCUCACACACUGCCUCAGCCUGGACAUUGAGAACUGAGCUGUGGCGGAGCGCGAAGGGACUGUCACAACAGGUCUCUCCUGUGUGUGCUCCAACGGGGUCAGGGGCACAGAGUUCGUCACAGGUUUUUUACAAAGACAAAUUGGGGGGGGGGGGCAGGAGAUGCAAUGCGGGGUUGGGGUCACUCGCGUGGGAAUUUCGGGAAUGUUGGUGGGGGCCGUUUCCAAGGAGGGUGCGGGAAGAGGUGAACGAGUCUGAGAUUUUGCAGCUGAUCUCGCAUUGCAUCUGAAAAUAAAUUUUGUAAUAAAACCAUA